UUUCAGCAAAAAAUAGAGGCUUGUUUUAAAUAAAUAAUUCCUUAAUAUUGAUGAAAAAGUUUGGCAGAUUAUUUGACAUAAAUUUUUCCUUGUUAUAAGUUAUCUGCCAACAAAUAAGUACUUAUUGUACUGGAAUAAGCCUCUAUAUCUUGUUGAAAAGUCACUUUUAAGUUAGUCUUAUUUUAAGUGUGCUCAGACAUUAGCUCUAGAAACUAGAUAAAAAUACUGCAAGUAGAACCGGGAACUCUGGGAAGUUGAGUCUGGAAAAUGCUGAAAUUUAUUAAUAUGUGGGAACUCUUAAUCAGGACUGACUGGAUGGACGCAACAGCAGGUUUUACUUCUGGACAUUWGGACCGGGUCGAGAGUCGGGAAUAUUAAUAGGCUCUUGAAUAUUUCCACACUAUUUAUUCACUUAAUAUUCGCUACAAAUGGAUGAACUCAAAUAACUCCUGUUAACUCAAAGCCGCUGGGUUAAUUUUGCGACCUGAAUAACCUGAAAACAAACUUUCCUGUGUAGCUAAUGAAGGAUUUGUUUGGAAAUCAUUGGCGUAAAAGUUUUUAUAUUCCCUUUGAUAUGUGGAUUUCUCCCUGUUCGGUUUAUUCAUCACUGCAGAUUGGUUUGAGCUAAAAUGACUUUGUUUCAUUGUAAAGGUGAAAUUCUGUAUUUUUCAUGUCUGUACAUAUAAGCAGAUAUUUGCCAAUAAAAAUAUUUUUUAAAUAUUUGCAUUUUUCUAGGAUCUCAAUACAUCAUUCCAGGUUAUUUCACUCAAUAUUUUUAAUGAUAUUCUGAGAAAAAUGAGAAAAAUUGCUCUUUAAAUUUGAAUAAAGUUGCAUGUAACACCUGAAAACAAUGCACUGAUAAACUUUCCUCCAUUAUGACUCAGUGAAGGCGGGAUGGACCAUGUGUGACGAUGAUGACUAUGACGGGAGGAUUGGCUCGUUAAUCAUUGAGUUGGUGAAGGUUGAUCACGACUCAGAAUGUGUAGAGAUAACGUUGGAACAGAUUUCUGUAUUUUAGUCAUUUCAGUUUCUCCCUCUGCGCUCUGACAGGCGCACAGACUCGCAGACGAACCCUCAGUUUCUGCGCUUCCCAUUUGGACCGUGAAGAUGUUGGCCGUUCAUCUCAUCUCGUUCUUCUUCUCCAAACUCAAGGAGGAUCCGACUAAGAAGGUGGACAGGUUCCUGCACGCGAUGCGUCUGCAGGACGAGCAGCUCGUCGACAUCUCAAACCGUUUCCUGGCUGAGAUGAAGAAAGGACUUUCAGCCGAAAGUCUGGCCGCUGCAGCUGUGAAGAUGCUGCCGACUCAUGUCCGCUCCACUCCCGAUGGAUCAGAGAAAGGACAGUUUGUGGCUCUGGAUCUCGGAGGCUCCAAGUUUAAGGUUCUCAGAGUUAAAGUCAGAGAGGAUGAGGGGAUUAAUAAGGGAGGAGUGGAGAUGGAGGAGAAAACAUACCCAAUACCAAAGGAGCUGCAUGAAGGGAGAGCUGUUGAGUUAUUUGACCAUGUCUCAGAGUCUCUGAAGGAUUUCCUGCUUGAAAAGAACAUGAGUCCAGAGAAAAAGCAUCCGCUAGCCUUUACUUUCUCCUUCCCAUGUGAGCACCCUGGUUUGGAUCAGGGAUUGUUGUUAAGCUGGUGUAAAAACUACAAAGUUCGCGGCCUUCAGGGGAAAGAUGUGGUCCAGUUCCUCAGGCAGGCCAUCGACAGAACCGGGGAUAUGGACGUAGAUGUCUUGGCAGUGGUUAAUGACACCGUGGCGACCAUGAUGACCUGUGGGUUUGAUGACCAGUGCUGUGAAGUAGGACUCAUCAUCGGAACCGGCACCAACGCCUGCUACAUGGAGGAGCUGCGUCACAUCGACAUGGUUCAGGGAGACGAGGGCCGGAUGUGUGUGAACACCGAGUGGGGCGCGUUCGGGGAUGACGGGGCCCUGCAUGACUUCAUUACUGACUUUGACAGAGACGUUGAUGCGGCCUCCCUCAACCCCGGAAAACAAACAUUUGAGAAGAUGGUCAGUGGGAUGUACCUGGGUGAACUGGUGAGGCUGGUGGUGUUGAAGAUGGCUAAACUGGGACUGCUGUUUGAUGGGCAUGUGUCAGACGCUCUGAGGACCAAAGGGAAGAUAACCACUGCAGAUGUGGCAGCGAUGGAGGAGUACAGAAACGGUCUGAAAAACACCAAGGAAAUCCUGACUCACCUGCAUCUGACCCCUUCACCUGACGACUGCGUCGCUGUUCAGCACGUCAGCACCAUCGUGUCCUUUAGGUCCUCGAAUCUGGUGGCGGCGGGGCUGGUGGCCAUUCUAACCCGGAUCAGACAGAACCGGAACCUGAGAGGACUGAGAAUCACAGUCGGCGUUGAUGGCACUGUGUACAAAACACACCCACAGUAUCCUAAGCGGCUCCAUAAGGUGGUGCGGCGGUUGCUUCCUGAUUGCCACGUCAGGUUCGUCCUCUCGGAGUGCGGCAGCAGCAAAGGCGCUGCCCUCGUGGCAGCGGUCGCCCAGCGUCUGACAUCACAGAGGCGAAAGGUGGAUGAAGCUCUAUCUCUGUUCACUCUGAACGAAGAGAAGCUCCAGCUGGUGAAGUCCAGGAUGAGGGAGGGCCUGGAGGCUGGGCUGAAGAGCAAAGGCUGCACCAUUAAAAUGCUUCCCUCUUUCGUAUACCACACACCAGACGGCACAGAACGUGGGAAAUACCUUGCCUUGGAUCUGGGAGGAACGAACUUCAGAGCUAUGCUUGUGCGAUUUAAAAGACAAAAAACUCGACUUUACCAUAAAAUUUACACCAUUCCCUUGGAGAUAAUGCAGGGAACUGGAGAGGAGUUGUUUGACCACUUGGCUCAGUGUGUUUGUGACUUCCUGGACUACAUGGGGCUGAAGAACGUUCGCCUUCCUGCAGGAUUCACCUUCUCUUUCCCCUGUCAGCAGUCAGACAUCGAUACAGGCACAUUGGUGAGCUGGACCAAAGGCUUUAAGGCUACAGACUGUGAAGGAGAAGAUGUUGUGAGCAUGCUCAGAGAGGCCAUCAAGAGACGCAACGAGUUUGACUUGGACAUUGUUGCUUUAGUCAACGACACAGUUGGGACCAUGAUGAGCUGCGCCUAUGAGGACCCUAAAUGUGAAGUUGGAAUGAUUGCAGGUACAGGUUCAAACCUUUGCUACAUGGAAGAACUGAGGAACAUCGAGAAGCUGGAACAGAGCAACAGCAUCCUGAGGACAAAUAAACAGACGUCAGAAGGAGAGGAGGGCGAGGCUGCUGUGAAGUCGGGCCUGAAGAUGUGUGUAAACACAGAGUGGGGUGGUCUGGGCAAUGACCGCUGUCUGGAGGACAUCAUCACACUUUAUGAUGUCGAGGUGGACAUACACUCAGUCAACCCUGGAAAACAAAGGUUUGAAAAGCUGACCAGUGGGAUGUAUCUGGGUGAAAUCGUCAGACAGGUUUUACUGGAUCUGACCCGAAGAGGCCUCCUGUUCAAAGGACACGUCACCGAAACCUUAAAAACCCCCGGGAUAUUUGAAACAAAAUAUCUCUCACAAAUAGAGAGCGAUCACUUGGCUCUGCUGCAGGUCAGGUCUAUUCUGCAGCAGCUGGGGCUGCACGGCACCUGCGACGACAGCAUCAUCGUCAAGGAGGUGUGUGGAGCGGUGUCGCGUCGUGCGGCUCAAAUGUGUGGAGCAGGAAUGGCGGCAGUGGUGGAUAAAAUCAGAGAAGACCGAGGCCUGGAGCGUCUGAGCAUCACUGUGGGCGUAGACGGCGCUCUGUACAAACUGCAUCCACAUUUCUCGCAGGUCCUGAAAGAGACCGUGGGGGUCAUGGCUCCCCAGUGCGAUGUGACCUUCAUGCCGUCAGAGGAGGGCAGCGGGAAAGGUGCCGCCCUCAUUGCAGCCGUGGUCCGACAGAAGCAUCAGAUGUGACGGGGAAUAAAGACGCUUCCCCAGAAACAACACAGAAGAGAGAAAACCACUUUCAGUGUUUAGAGUACUACACCCAGAUUAGUUAAUUUUUACACAUAAGAGUGGCUGUCUGGUAACUUUUAUUAUAUUAAGGGACCUUAUUUACAGUAAAUAGUCAGCAUGCCCUGCCACAGGUUAGAUUUGCUUUUCCUCCAACUUGUGAAAACUGUUUCUCUUCUCUUUUUAUGGCUCAGCGUGAGGUCUGUUUAUAAUAAACACAGGCAGUGAUCACGUUUUUGACGUUUUUAAUUUCUUGUCACAUUCUAUAAAUCUAUAAAUUUCUAAAUCAUUAGGAUUUAGAAAGCAGUGAAUCACAGUGAAGUGGAAGGAAAAGGACACAUUGUUUUCUAAGGAUUCUCAGAAAGAAAUCUGAAUUGUGCAAAGUAACAAUUGGGGGACUUUGUAUAUAAACAUCAGUUUUCAAAUCUUGCAAAUGUUUUCAAAUAGAUUUUGAUAUAGGAUUUGUUUAGGCCCUUGUAAUGCUCUGGUCUAUUUACAUGUUAUUUAAGUUCAUGGCUUCUUAAGGGAGUCAGAAUAUUUUAUUUAGAAUUAUCUGAUUAAGGAAGGUUAAAUAUAUAUGCAAACCAGUUUUCAGAUUUUUUUUGUUGUAAAACUAGAAGAUCCAUGUAUCAUUUCCUUUCUCAUCAUAGUUAUCUACUUCUCUUGUGUUGGUUUAAUUCCAACAAAAUUACAUUUAUUGGCUUUGACUUGACUAAAUAGUUUCCUUUUGCAAGAAUUACCGUAAAUAUAAGGAUUUAACUUUGUGUUGAACUUGUAUUUGGCUGUUCUUUUCCUCAAAGCAGAGCUCUCCAGUCUAAUCGUCAGAGCUCUGUGGGAAAACGUGUCAAAGCUGCAGCUGUGCCUCUGUUAGCUGUGCACUGAUUGGACUUUUCCUGAUAUGAGGGUUUAUGUUGGGUUUUAGAAAGAGAAGUAAAGAUUCACAUGCUGUCUAUGGUUAGAUGAAUUAAAUCUGUUAGGUGAUAUAUACUUAUAAACUCAUAUGGUUACAUUUGUGUUAUUAAUAUUUAACACCUUAGAUGGAGUAACAUGUCAACGAAUAAGCAAAUAAGAUCAUUAAAGUAUAGAUAAUUAAAGUA